UCUGCGAGUAAAUAAAACAGGAUUUUCUUUGAAAAAUCAUCUUUCUACCGAUCGAAUUGACUACUUUCCUGAAUCAUAGCUGCGAUGUACCUAAAUGCUUCACCCAGGCCCGAAGAAGACGAUGAUCCUUUUAAUAAGAGACGUCUUGAAGACCGAAUAGAAUCUGCAGUUGAGAUCGCAAGACGGGAGCGGGAAGAACGAAGGAAACGAAUGAGAUUUGACAGGCCAACCCGAAACUCUCAGCCUGUCUUCCGUGAUCAGUCUUAUCACAACAGAGAUACUAGAGUCUAUGACCAAACCAAGAUCCCUCAAGGUUGGCUAGAUUGUCCUGGGUUUGGUCUGGAGAUAGGAUGCAUUAUUCCUUCAAAGGUUCCCCUUAGUGAAUCUUACAACGAACAUGUUCCUCCUGGCAAAAGAUACUCUUUUAAACAGGUGGUCCGUAACCAGAGAAUUAAUGGACGAAAGCUUGGUCUAGUGAUUGAUCUUACUAAUACUACUCGUUACUAUCCUACAUUAGAAUUAAAGAAGGAUGGCAUCAAGCAUGUUAAGAUUGCCUGCAGGGGUCGUGAUGCUGUGCCAGAUAACGUUUCUGUAAACAACUUCGUCAACGAGGUACUUGUUUCAUCUGUUCAAGAUGAUGAUGAUGAUGGUGAGGAUGGUGAGGCUCCGCCUGGCACUGUUCAGGAAAUCGAUCAGGAAUAUGUGAAGAUGUCAAAUGAUGACAUUUUAGGUGAUGAAAUACCCGAUUGUCAAGCGGAUGCUUACCGACAGUUCUGUUAUAAGAUGCUUUAUACAGAGGAAGAAGAACUUAAGAAAAUUAUUGGGAAAAAAGGAUUUACGCAAUUCCCAGGUUCGCACCCUGUAUCUUUAGACAGAGAGAGUUUACAAUUUUUGAGGCAGCGUUACUAUUAUGCGACAUGGAAGGCAGAUGGAACACGUUAUAUGAUGCUCUUAACUAUAGAUGGGUGCUACCUGAUAGAUAGGAGCUUUAAUUUUCGGAGGGUACAGAUGCGUUUUCCCCGUAAGCACUCAAGUGAAGGAAUUUCUGAUAAAGUGCAUCAUUACACUUUGCUUGAUGGAGAGAUGGUUAUUGAUAAUCCAAAGGGUGAUCAAGAAGGCCAGGCAAGGAGGAGGUACCUCGUAUACGAUCUGGCAGCACUCAACGGCGAAUCAGUCGUGAAGCGGACUUUCUGUGAAAGAUGGAACAUGCUCAUGAAAGAAGUGAUCGCACCCCGAGAUGGUGAGAGGGGGAUAAGUAGAAAUUGUUACAGAUACGACCUGGAGCCUUUUGGAGUUCGAAUGAAGGGUUUUUGGUUACUCUCUACUGUUGAGAAGCUUUUGAAGGUUACCAUUCCUUCGCUUUCGCAUGAAUCAGAUGGCCUAAUAUUUCAGCGUCGGGACGACCCCUACGUUCCCCGAACCCAUGAAGGUCUUCUGAAGUGGAAAUAUGCGGAAAUGAACUCACUUGACUUUCUGUUCGAGAUGGAUGAGACUGAUGGGCGAAGAAUGCUCUUCUUGCACGAAAAAGGAAAGAAAAAGCUCAUGGAAGGCUAUUCGGUUGAGUUUAGAGAUGAUGACUCGAACCCGGCCACUUACUCCGGAAAGAUUUUAGAGUGUAGGUGGGAUUCAGAGAAUCAAGUUUGGGUUUACAUGCGGAUCAGAAUGGAUAAACCUACACCAAACGAUAUUGAGACCGCUCGUAAGGUGAUAAAAAGUAAAUAUAACCGACAACAUCACAGAGGAAGUGCUGCUUCAAGAAAUAAGAGAGAUCAUUCGUCUCCCAAUGUACGCAGACCGUAUCGGAAUUGACAGUCGAGCGGCUGUGACACGCCGAAGGUGACAAAAGUUUAUUAAUUUGGGUAC